AUGGCGCAAUCUCUAUUCGCGAAAGUGUCCCCAUCGCCACUCGCGUCGCAAGCGUCGUUAGAAUCAUCCGCUCAGCACCAUAGUGCGCUUCGUAACAAUCGUGGCGGCAUGGCGUUUCCACGUGUGUACGUCAGCAGGCGGAUGAGAGGAGGACGCUCGGUGGUGAUGACCGCCACGGAUCCGAGCCACGUGGCGCGCGGAGAGCCUACCACGAAGGAAAAGCCAGCUCAGCCAUUCGCGGAGAAGGAGGGUGUGAUUGAAGGGAAGGCCGUUAUAGCGAAGCCAUCGCAGCUGCCACCAGAGCCUCCUAAUAAACUUACGGAGCUGUAUGAUAAGGAGGGGCAAUCCCCGUGGAUUGACAACCUGACACGUGAUUGGGUGGCAUCGGGUCAUCUUAGGGAGCUGGUCCGACGUGGCGUUAGAGGCAUCACCAGCAACCCUACGAUUUUCGAGAAGGCGAUUAGCAAGACAGACGUGUAUGACCAGCAGCUCCGGAACAUUUUGUUUCGUGAGGGGGUUCUGCUGGGGGGAGGGAUGCUGGAGAGCCAUGGGGAGGUGGGAAAGGGGGUGGUGGAGGGAGCUUACUGGGAGAUGGUAAAGCAAGAUAUCGGCACUGCUGCUGCUUCGUUAGAAGAGCUGUUCCAUGCUUCUAAUGGUGGCGAUGGGUUCGUCUCCCUUGAAGUCUCGCCGAGGCUAGCCUACGACACGGCAAGUUCGGUGUCUCUGGCUCGGGAGCUCCACGCCGAUCUAGCUCGGCCGAACCUGAUGGUCAAGAUCCCUGCCACCAAGCCUGGCGUGGCUGCGAUUCGCGAGAUGAUUUCCCGCAUGAAGAACAUAAACGCCACUCUCAUCUUCUCUCUGACGCGCUACAGUGAGGUGAUGGAGGCCUACGUGGCAGGCCUGGAGGACGCCGUGGCAGCUGCCAACGUGGCAUCUGAGCUGUCAGCAGCCGCGUCUGACUCAGCAGCAGGCGCCCUGCCACGUGUCAACCUCUCCUCAGUCUCCUCUGUGGCUUCCUUCUUUGUCUCUCGGGUUGACAGCGCUGUUGACAAGCGUCUCAAGACCAUCGGGACGGAGGAGGCUCGGGCUCUGCUGGGCAAAGCAGCAGUGGCUCAAGCAGUGGUGGCGUAUGACAUGUUCAAGGCCAAGUUCAGCGGUCCCAGGUGGAAGGCUCUCGAGCAGCUGGGAGCACGGGUGCAGCGGCCAUUGUGGGCGUCAACAGGCGUGAAAGAUCCAUCGUAUCCGGACACAACGUACAUCAAUGCUCUGAUUGGUCCACACUCUGUCAACACCAUGCCUGACGCCACCCUGCUUGCUUUUGCCGACCAUGGGGAGGUGAAGCGCACUGUAGAUGAUGACGUGGUUGCUGCUUAUGGUGUGCUGGAUCGUCUCAAGGCUGUUGGGGUAGACAUGGAAGUAGUUGCAAAGGAGCUGGAGGCCGAUGGCGUUGCCAAGUUUGCAAAGUCGUUUGAUGACCUGCUUGCUGCUCUUCAGCGCAAGGCCACCAUGAUACGUAGUGCAAGCAUCAACUAG